UUCGGCAGAUUUCGAUGUACCUGCAUCAACUUCAAUAAUUUCUCAUGGCGAAGAAUUGUUCAUUCAAUCAUUGCAAGGGCACCAGUUUAUUAUAACUGUUGUAUAAUUAAAACGAAAGUAAUGUGGGUUUAUAAAAUUCAGACGCUGAGUUAACCAACUUGUUCCACAGUCAGGUGAGGAUCCACGGCAAGGUGUGGGUGCACUAUGUCUCACCUCCCGUGAGCACUUCACCACUCGGCUACAUUCGGCUCUGACACUGAUCAUGCUUGCAGUGAAAGCUACACAGGAAUAACCUAUCCAUGGCAGCCACAGUUCAGCAUGGGUGCAGACUGGAAGUGAAUAUGUAUAUGCUGAUACAAAGCACAGCAUUUGCUGAACAAUCAUGCUGUGUGCAAGAGGUACUGUCUAAUGCAGAAAAACAGAUUGCAUUGUUUGAAGUACUGACAACAUGGCUAAAAUUGAAUAGAAUUCCUGAGCUAGCAUACUAAAGAAUAUCUACCAAAACUAGGAUGUAACUGAUGCCAAUACUUAAACCACAAACUAACAAAACCAAAAAAUGAAACCAAGAAGUCAAUAUUCACUAUAAUUAUUUAAGUAAUAUGGAAGUUGACAGAAUUUGUAAAAUGUCAAAAAGUAAGUAUAAAAGAUUAAAGUCUAGUGAAGUUAACACAAAGACAAAAAUCAAUGAAAAUGAGAAGACAGAAAUCUACUGUGAUGUUUGUAAGAAGGAAUUUAAACGUGCCUCGUACUUGAAGGUGCAUCUGCGUGUUCAUACUGGAGAAAGACCAUACCGAUGUAACUCGUGCAACAAAACAUUUGCUCAGGUCUCCACUCUUAACAUUCACAAGAAAAUUCACACAGGUGAGAAAAAUUUUAAAUGUACGUUGUGUGAGAAGCGGUUCUAUAUUGCCGCAGAAUGUUCUAGACAUAUGAAGAUUCACACGGGAGAACGCCCAUUUAAAUGUGGUGCCUGUGAUAAGACGUUCAUCCGGUUGAGUAAACUGCAGAUGCACAUGCGUACUCACACCGGUGAGCGGCCGUAUAUCUGCCAUAUCUGUGGGAAACGCUUUGCACAGUCCACCAAUCUGAAGACUCAUGUGAAGCACCAUACCGGGGACCUGCCCUUUAAAUGUAAAACGUGCAGUAAGGAAUUUACCCAUGAAUCUUUGCUGAACAAUCACUCGCGGAUUCACACGGGUGAAAAACCAUUCAUGUGUGACACAUGCGGCAAAUCGUUUGCUGAUGGAAGUAAACUGAAACUUCACACCCGACUGCACAUCGGAGAUAAACCAUUCAAGUGUGAGGUGUGUGACAAAUGUUAUGUUAUCGCAGCUGAGUUGCGCAAACACACAAGAACACACACCGGAGAGCGACCCUACACAUGUAACCAGUGCGACAAAUCGUUCGCUCUAGCGUCAAGGAGAAAAAGUCACAUGCGCACACAUUCUGGAGAAAAGCCUUACCGAUGCUCUGAGUGUGGUCAGCAUUUUGCCGACAACACGAACCUCCGACGACACAAGAAGAAUCACGUUCGCAAGCGACUCAACGACAUGAGUCUGAAGCUGGGAGGGCCAGGGAAGCCUCUUCUGUACUGGGAGUGGCAGAGACACACGUCUCGCAGUGCGGGAGCCAACAGUGUCGAAGAUGAUGCUAAAUGGGAAGCUGGUAAAAUCAUGAUGUGUUUGGCAACUCAGAACGAAGUAAAGAGUAAAAUCAUAGACACAAGAGACUGCAGUGCAUCAUCAGCUGAGCAGAUUGGUUCAAAACCUAAACCUUCUUGUAUGGAGUCCGUACCCAACACGUUGAUUAGCAACUGUUUGUUUUAUGAUAGACAACUUCCUGUAACAGACCUGUGGGACCAGCAAUCUUACUAUGCAGAAACCGUUACCUAUCCAAAUGCCUUUAAUGCAAAUAAUCCCAAAACCAACUUGCUUCAAUGUGCACAGACUGUGUCGGGCAAUACCAAUCACUGUCAUGUGCCAACGAAUAAUGAUGACCAUUAUAAUCCACUUGGAAGAAUUUCCGCUGGUAUUGCACCUCAACUUAGUCUUUCGGCAGCACAGAGCUACAGUCAGUCUGUGGUGAAUCAGCAUCAACUGCAGAGAUUGGAGCACCAGUACCCAGCAGACAUGUGUGAUGGAAGAACGGACAACUUGUUUGUGCUGCCAGACAUACAGAAUGGGUUUGAUCACCAGCAGCAGAGUGUCCCAGACAGCAGUCAUCUUUCAGGACUGCCAAAUAUCAUUUCUCAUAUAGUGGACACAAACCUCAACUUGCCAGGAUACGAGGCAAUAGUUGGACAAGCAAACCGUGCAUUGUCAGUGAUGCCUGAAUUUCAAAGUGUUGAUGACUCUGUUAGUGAUGAAAUAGAAUCAUUAGCUCAAAGUGAAGACCAUCAAAACAUUUCUCUUCCAGAGAAAGAAAUUCAAAAUGUACCGAUCCAUAGUCAUUCAAAUAAUCGUUGUCCCAAAUCAGUUGAAGGAGAUUCUGAUCUUGAUGACCAUGAUUUAGUUGAAAAGAGUUUAGAUCCUCUUGAACAUCUGUCAAACCAGCACAAUUCAGAUGUUCAUGGUUUACAAUUAAACCGAAAUGAUUAUGUUGUUGAAAACCAUCAGCCAGUUCAAGGAAAUCUGCAACUUCAGAACGAUCUGUCAGUUGAAGAUAAUAUAAAACAUCAAAAUUAUGAAUUAGUUCAGAUAGAUUCUAGACUUCAGAACCCUGAAGGAACUGAAGGAAAAUCAAAACUUCAGAACCAUUUGUCAGUUCAAGAUGAUAAACUUCAAAAUCAUCAGUCAGCUGAAGAAAAUCUGGAACUUCAAAAACACCAGCUAAUUCAAGAAAAUCUAGAUAUUCUCCAAAACCAUGUAGGAGAUUCUAAACCUCAAAGCUGUCAGUUCUUUCAAGGAAAAUCAAAAGUUGAAAACCAUAAGUCAAGUGAAGAAGCUCCAGAUGUUUAUCAGCCCAUCCAUCAAACAGCAGACGUUGACAGUCACCAGCCAGUCCAAGGAACUCGCAACCAUGACAACCACAAGUUGGUCUGUGAUGAUGAUUCAAGCCAGUCGGUCCAGGAAGACACAAAUAGAAAGCAUGACCACCACUCAAUAAACUGUGAUCCUAAUUUAAAAGACAGACAAAUGACAACCAGAACAGAAAAUAAGGUGUCAAACAAUUUUAAUAACAAUGAAGUAGUUCCAGCCGAUUCAAAGAUACAUUCAGAAGGUGAUCUGCUAGAGUGCAGUUCCCGGAAGAGAGAAUUGUUCACUGAUUGCAUAGAGAAGAUAGAACUUGAUGCCUUUUGUAAUCUGGCAAGUCCUGAAGCUUGUACUAUCCCAUGUGGUAAGUUCAACGCUAGAAAGGAGCAGGAUGUUGGAAAAAAUCAACCAUUCCAUUGUGAUAUUUGUGGUAAAAGCUUUGGUCGGAAGAAUCAUCUGAAACUUCACCUUAGGACACACAGUGGAGAGAAACCCUAUCGUUGUGAUGUCUGCGAGAAGUGUUUUUCUCAGACAUCCACUCUGAAACUGCACAAGCGAAUCCACACAGGGAUCAAGGCUUUCACGUGUGACAUCUGCCCCAAGCAGUUCUACGACGCAGCCAGUCUGCUGCGUCACGUGAGAACACACACAGGUGACCGGCCAUACAGGUGCGCGGUGUGUGACAAGUCGUUCAGCCGAUCGGCCAAGCUGCAGAUUCACAUGCGAAUGCACACGGGAGAACGACCGUACAUCUGUCACCUGUGCGGCAAGGGAUUCAAGCAGACGACAAACUUGAAGACUCACAUGAUGCAACACGCCGGGGACCUGCCCUUCAAGUGCACGGAUUGUGGGAAACGCUUCGUAUACGAUUCCGUUCUCAAGAUUCACGCACGUACUCACACCCAGGACAGGCGCUUUAUGUGUGACGUGUGUGGUACGGGGUUUGUGCAGCCGGGCUAUUUAGACAGACACAUGAGGAUCCACACCGGGGAACGGCCAUACAAGUGUCGCGUGUGCAACCGUGCGUUUGCAGCCUCGUCCGAUCUGAAGUCUCACACAAUGAGAACUCAUUCUGCAGAACGUCCCCACAAGUGUGGUGUGUGUGAUAAGGGUUUUACUCGUGUAAAUGAUCUGCUCAGACACAAGCGAAGACACACUGGUGAAAAACCAUACACGUGUCCUGCAUGCUGGCAGAAGUUUGCCGACAGCUCCAAUCUGAGACGACAUGUUAAAAAAUAUUGUACAAAAACAACAGAAACAUCUGUGUAAGAACAGAUUAAAACUUUAGACAGAUGUAUUUGUAAUGGCCUUACACCAGCCCCCUUGAGUCGUCCCUCCGGGUGUGAAACGAGCACCUAACAAACUUAAGGACAGUGGUUUGAUCACUACGCCACUGAGGCGAUAUAACAACAUCUUCAUCUAACAACAUCUUCACCCUAAAACAUGGUAACUGUGAGAAGAAAGCCAUUUUCAUCACAUAGUCUAUUUUUCCAUUUAGUUAAAGAGGACUUUUAAUUGCUGCUACCAGACUGGAUAGCAUAUACACAAUAUUCUUUGAUAUACAAGUUGCAGAGUACUCUGUGGAAGAAGAGGAAAGCCAAAUGGAUCCACCCAGAUUGAGAUCAAUCCUGACUCCAUGCAAGCACUUUAUGAUGAGCCACAUCAUGAAAUUUAUUUAUGUAUACAACAUUAAAUUUGGUUGCCUGAACCUUGUUUGGAUAUAGGCAAACAAAUAAAAAUAAAUUACUGUUUUAUUUAUACAACAUGAACAUAUAUUUAUAGACAUAUUUUAAUUGUGGUUUGUAGUGGUAUUGUUUCCUGUGGAUGUAGAGAUUCACAUCACUUGAACAUAUAUUUAUAGACAUAUUUUAAUUGUGGUUUGUAGUGGUAUUGUUUCCUGUGGAUGUAGAGAUUCACGUCACUUGGUCAGGACAACCAGACGUGCACAGAUAUUGCAGGUGUCCAACAUUGGUAUGUAUAGGAAUAACUCAGGCUGAAUAGUGUUUUACUAAAAGUGAGCAGAGUUCCAGUAUUGGCUUUGGGAAGAGCAUUUAACACUUUCACCUCUGGGGUUUUCCACUCCUAUCAGAUCUGCUGAAUCUGCCUGGUUUAAAGUGGUCCUUACACUUUUGACUUCUAGAUUGUGGGUUUACCUCUCUGCACAGACUCCCAGUCUGCUCAGUAGGUGGUGUAAGACACUGUACCAACUGCUCUAUUGCCAACAACAGCUAGUAACCCAUGACUGUUUCAGUCCUAACUGGAUAAUAAAAUAAAUAGAAGAUUGAUUUAGCAGAAUUGCAGUAAAAUGCCAAUGUUCCUGUUGUCUUUUUCAGUUGAAAUGUGACACUGAAGAACUAAGUAUGGCAGCUGUUUUGUAGUGUCUAUAUAGACUUUGUAUUUACCAGCGAUAUCUCAUUAACAACAAACAAUCGUUCUAGGACCUGUUCAGAAAAUAGUUGUUUGAAGUACAAUUUAAUGUAUUAAAUGGCAUCCAAUUCCAAA